GCCUGCUAAUGUUUCCAAGUUUAUCAACUAUUUAAUGAAUGCUUUAUUAUUAUUAUUAUUGAAAAGAAACGGCAAAGAAAAGAAAAGAAAGAAAAAGAAAAAGGGGGGCACCGAUUAUGACAUUGUUUGUCUUUGAAAAGUGGGAGGAAUGAGGGUUAUUCUGACCAAAAAACAUUGCAUGUUUUUAUGAUAUAUUUUUAGAUAUGAGACUUUGAUCUUAUUAUUAUUAUUAUUAUUAUUAUUAUUAUUGCAUGCAUGCUAUGCUGGAUUUGAAUAAAAGUUCAAAUAAACUAUUGAAGGGAAUUCCAUUGGAGAAGAAUGAUAAACUUCAAUUAUGUUAUAGCAUUAAUUUCACCCUGUUUCUUUUUAAAGUCAUGAGAUGCACUUCAUGCUUUUUCCACUUUCAUCUCUUUUAAAUGUGCAAAAUAAUUUUUGAAUUUUUCUACAUGUAUAUUUUAGCUAAAAUAAGUGUUCCCUUGAGCUUUGGUUAUGUCUAAUUGGCCCAUGUGUUUUCUAUAUGUGAAACUUUGAAAUCCUAGAUUUGAUUAAAUAUAUGUUAUUUUUGUUAACAAUUGAUGAAAAAAUAUAUUAACAUGGUUGAUUUGCACAUUUGGAAAGAUUUAGUGAAUUAUUUUGCAUAUAUUUUUAAAUUUACGAGUAAAAACAUGCUCAUGGUGGAAGUGUCUAGGGCUGAAUUCCAAUUAAUCCUUUCAAUACUACCAAUUGACAUGGAUUACUAAUAUUGAUUUAUUAAUUUCUUUUAAAUCAUUUCCUUAAUUUAUGAGUUCAAGUAGAAUUGCAUAGUUGUUUCUAACCAAAAGUAGUGUUAUACAUAUUUCAGGGCAACUCAAUGUGCAUUUGAUAGUUCCUUUUAUACUUAAUUUUUGUCUUCAAUUUCUUCAAUGGUGAUUGAUUCUGAUACAAAAUUAUUAUUAUGCCACCAGAGAGAAGAGGGGGUAGAUGUUAGAAAGAUGAUGGGACACAAAAGGAGCCCAUGUUCUGUUGACCAAAGCAGUUAUACUUCUAUUGAAUCUAAAAGGCAAAAGGCUAAUGAUUUAUCAAUCACCGCAAAGGAGAGGAAGGAGAAGCUUAGUGAACGAAUCGUUGCAUUGCAGCAGCUUGUUUCACCAUAUGGCAAGACAGAUACAUCUUCUGUCUUAGAGGAAGCAAUGCAAUACAUAGGUUUCCUUCAUAGACAAGUUAAGCUUCUUAGUGCCCCGUACCUUGAGAGUUCGGCCGCAACCAAGGAUCCGGGUCUGGAGCCAUGCAGCCUGAGGAGCAGAGGGUUAUGCCUUGUUCCUGUCUCACUAACAAUUGGAGUUGCUGAGAGCAAUGGUGCAGAUAUCUGGGCUCCCAUCAAGACCACCACUUCGCCGCCGAAAUUCGAGAAGGAGGCCGCCCAAUUUCAGUCAUAAAUUUGGUCAGCUAAGCAGCCUAAAGGAGGUUGUAAAUUGCUAUGCUCCCUAAGUCAGUCUAGGUGGAAUCAUGGUAGCUAUAAUAUAUGAUAUAUAGUUAAAAGUAUUAAAAGAAAAAAACUUGGUCAAGUAGCUGCUCCAUGCCUUGAAGAUUUUAAGCGGGUGAUGGGGUAUAAGCUUUUUAAUUUAAGGCAUAUAUAUGUAAUCCUUAAUUCACUAUGCUGAUUAGUUAAGUGUAUAUUUGAAAGUUCUAGCUGUAUAAUAAUUAUUCCAUGUACUGAUUAGCUUAAUGAAAGUCUUUCCUAGAUUUAAUGGAAGGUAAAAAUAUAUAAUAUUGUGUGUUCGUGUAUUUA